AUGGCAACUACUCAGACAGUUCUCGAAGCGCCUCUAGAGGCCAUUGCCCUCGAGGAAAGAAAUCAAAGUCAACAUGUGUCUGAGCAUCAGAGCAGUCAAAAUGGAAGACGCGUCUUUGAGGCCGAUCCAGCAUUCACGACGAGUCCAGCCUCGCGACGAAUGAUCAUUGCUUUGUUGGUCUGCGCCAACAUGGUUCAGUUUGUUUCGAAUGCAGUUACUAUUGCGGGCGGCCUCGCAUUGAGCAAAGACCUUGGCCGUGAAUCUGGUCCUGGAAAAGCCAACUGGAUGGUAGCAUCAUACCCACUCACACAAGGUGCUUUCGUUCUCGUCACAGGACGUCUCGGUGCCAUAUUUGGCCACAAGCAGCUAAGUCUUCUUGGCUGUGGAAUAUUCACACUAUUCUCAUUCAUCAACGCUUUUACAAAGACAUACGACUCAUUCAUUGCUAUGCGCGCCCUUACCGGUGUCGGUGGUGGUGUCUUCAUGCCUAAUGCUGUGUCCAUAAUCACGACCAUGGUUCCGCCUGGACGGUCGCGGAAUGUUGUGCUUGGAUUCUUUGCUGCGUCGCCGCCUUUGGGUGGCAUGAUUGGGGCGUUAAUUACGGGGGUUUUCAUGGAUCGGGUUAAUUGGAUGUGGCUUUUCAUCCUCAUUGCUGGUGUUUCUGCAGUGAAUCUUGCUUGGCUGGCUUGGCUCAUGCCGAAAGAGACUCCUGUUGACAAAGGCGGACACAUCGAUGUUCCUGGCAUCUUUAUGGGACUGGGCAGUCUUCUGCUUUUCAACGUUGUGUGCAACCAAGCGCCCUCUGUCGGAUGGAACACCCCUUACGAAAUCGCCUUGAUCAUCCUCUCAGUCCUUUUGUUCGCCGCGUUCCUUGUCUGGGAGAAGCGCUAUGCCAAAGAACCCAUCAUGCCGCUGUCAAUCUUCCAAGCCCCGACGUUCCUUGCGCUGAUCUUUGUUGUGUUACUAAGUUACAUGGCUUUUGGGAUUGGCCUGUGGUAUUCUGUUGCGUGGCAGCAGCUUCUUCGUGGGGUUUCUCUUACGCAGACAGGCGUCCACUUCAUCCCAUUUGGAUUAAGCUCUCUUCUUGCUGUGUUUGUCGCAGCGUGGCUUAUUCCGCGUGUCGCUGCGCAAUGGAUAAUGGCGAUCGGGGUCUUGGUCACAUUUGGCGGAAACAUUCUGCUGGCGACAAUGCCAGUUCAGCAGACGUUCUGGGCCCAACUGUUCCCAGCUAUGGUGCUCUACGGUUUCUGUCCAGACCUUGUCUAUGUCGCCGCACAGGUCAUCGCCAGCAACAGCGUUAGUCGUCGCCAACAAGGUAUAGCAAGCAGUCUGAUCGGAACACUAAAUCUCUACGGAAACAGUUUGGGUCAAGGCUUCGCGGGCACGAUUGAGACGGAGGUUGGUACUAAUAAUGACGAUGAAGUCAGAGGUAUCAGAGCAGCUUUGUACUUUGCAGCUGGUUUAGCGCUACUAGGCUUGGCACUUGACAUUGCAUUUGUGAGGCUGCCCAAAGAUGAGCGCGAGGGCUGGGAGGAUCCGUCUGAUGUAGAUGGGCAAGAGAUGGACGGUAUGACCACAGCUAUCGAAGUCCGCUCAGCAUAG